CCAGUGGAUGCACCGACUCCAGAGGCGUGGAUUCCCAGCACUGUAGCCUUCUUAAGGAUAAACAGGCUCUUUGCCUUUAACUGUGUGGGCUACAGUACCCCACUGGGCAGGGAAAUGUAGUGUUAGCCCUCUGUUUUGUCUUGUUGUUUCUAAUAAUAGCCAAUCUUAUUUUACCACACCGACGCCUCAUUGCAUUAUGGAUGCCUCUGGAAUGGUUUCCCUGCAUGAUAGCGUGGGAAUAUUUCCGUAGAGGCUGUGGCUGUUCAUCUCAAGGCUAAAUGCACCAGCAUCCCGCCUCUAACUGCAAGAGCAUCUCGUCUACCGUCGGCUGUCACUGUGUCAUGGCUGUAGCGUGAGUCUAGACUACUGUGUAUGGGGAUGCGUUUCCUUUUUCCGCUGCCUUAGACUUUAUUCUCUGCAUGCCGGAUUUAAGUCCACAGGAGGAGCGCUAUGCGGGAGUAUAAGGUGGUGGUGCUCGGCAGCGGCGGAGUGGGGAAGUCCGCCCUGACGGUCCAGUUUGUCACCGGGACAUUUAUAGAGAAGUACGACCCGACCAUUGAAGAUUUCUACAGAAAGGAGAUCGAGGUGGACUCCUCUCCGUCGGUGCUGGAGAUCCUCGACACAGCCGGCACCGAGCAGUUCGCCUCAAUGAGGGACCUUUACAUCAGGAACGGCCAAGGCUUCAUCCUGGUCUACAGUCUGGUCAACCAGCAAAGUUUUCAGGACAUCAAGCCCAUGAGAGACCAGAUCAUCAGGGUGAAAAGGUAUCAGCAGGUCCCGGUGGUGCUGGUGGGUAAUAAGGUGGACCUGGAGGAGGAGAGGGAAGUGUCCCCCAGCGAGGGCCAGGCGUUGGCCGAGGAUUGGGGCUGCCCCUUUAUGGAGACAUCGGCCAAGAGCAAGACCAUGGUGGACGAGCUUUUCGCCGAGAUCGUGAGGCAGAUGGACUUCUGCCCUUUGCCGGACCGGAGAGAGGCCUGCUGCCCCGCCUGCAGCAUUCAGUAGCAGCCUGCUGGAGGGGUGAUGGAUGGGUGGAUGGUUAGAAAUUAGAAUGCAAAUGAAUUCAUGUUAGAUAGAUUGAAGAUGGAGGGAUUGCAAGGGGAAAUCCAAUUCUAAAACUGUUUCAACCUGCUUUCUGUAUCUAGCAGUUUAGGCCUGUGCUCUGAUCAAAGGGGCAUUCUGGGAAAUGUAGGAAAUCCCUAACUGAAGCAGAAGUAGGGAAAGGAGGUUAAUGGGAAAUACAAUUUCAAAAUACAUCACUCCUCGGACACAGGGUGGAUUUUUCCCUUGAAAGAAAAACAACAACACUUGACCUCCCACAUUCAUCACCAUCCUGAUUAACAGGACCAAAUGUUUGGGGGUUUCCCAAAGGCCGCACGGUGCCAAAACCAUCGUAAAAGCCAUCGACAACAAGGAUUAUAGUGCUAAAUGCUUUUUGGGAAACCAGCCAUAGAUCCAAGCAGUGAUGGCAGUGUGCGCCGCAGUUUUAUUGGUCCUCUUUUCUUCUGCUUGUGUUUUUCUUUUUGCACUUUCGGGCCCUUGGGACAGUGCAAGACCAAUCACCAAGUAUCUGAACGGAUGUCAAGUAACACCACUGUGAAGGAGUCUUACUGGAAGUUAAUUUUACAGCAGGCCCGCCUAACUAUGAAUGAAUGAAUAGAUGAAUGAAUGUUUAAAAAGGAAACCGCACCUUUGGGGAAAGUCAUUCAGAAGAUCCCAAAUGUUGACAUACUGUGGAUGAUGUGUGCAUGAAGUUGUGCUGUCACACUGACAUUGAGUACAAUCAAUCUCACCCAAAGAGACAGUAUCGAUCAAUCAACUGAUCAAAACAAUCAGUCAGUCAACGUACGGACACUUGUCUUUACACCUUACAGAUGAUACAAAUGCCUUGUUACAUUGUAUGAAGUGAACAUCAGUGUCAGUGUAUAGUUCAUUUAUCUUAAGUCACAUCAGAUAUGUUAGUGGUUCAAUGUGAGAAACACUUAUUUUCAACAAAAAAUAAAUCUUUAUGCACAAA